CAAUUGUACACGACGCAAGUAAACGGGAUUGGUGUGGUAUACAAGCGCCUUCACAUUUGUUUUUAUAACAGAAUUUCUUGAUGAAAAAGAUAAAAUUCAUUAGUAUUAAUUUUUUCUUUUGCUAUGACUUUUUGAAAGUAGGCUAUAAAUGGCUAUAACUUUAAGUACACAAUUGUAUAGUAUAAUUAUAGUUAUUUUUGUUUCUUUAACUGACGCAAUUGAUAACACGUACAAAAUAGAUUGUAAUAACUUACGAUUGGGUCAGUAUAUCUGCCCUCAUCCUUAUUAUGAUUUUAUUGAUGUGAAGACACAACAAUUAGAAGGAUGCACGAAAGAAAAUAAAGCAAAAGUUUUAUGUUUAGCAGCAGAUGGACUUAUUUGUUCCGAAUCAGAAAACAACACUUUUAAAAAGACCAUUCCUUGUAAGUGGACAAAUGGAUACUCUUUUGAGACAUCCCUUCUACUUUCAAUAUUUCUUGGCAUGUUCGGAGUGGACAGAUUUUAUCUUGGAUAUCCGGCACUAGGGUUAUUAAAAUUGUGUACAUUAGGUUUUUUAUUUCUGGGUCAAUUUUGUGAUAUUAUAUUAAUAGCAACUCAGUCUGUUAAACCAGCGGACGGAUCGCAUUAUGUAAUGUCAUAUUUUGGAGCAGGAGUAACUGUAAUUAGAAGUAAUAAUUUUACAUAUCGUUUACCACAGCAAGACUGGUAAACUUUUUUUUAAAAUAUGCGUAUGUAUGUGAAUAUAUAAACAAAGUUUAUUUAUCAAAAUACAACAUUUAUUUAUAAUUAUAUUAAAAUUUGUAUUUCCUUUAAUAAUAUCGGUUUAGUUCUUGAUCAAUAUAAAGAUCACCGAUUUUAAGAAGGUCAUUUUAAGAAAAACGUCUUUAACUAAUCCUCGAAACACACACCUAUUUAUUUAAACACGAUAUACACUCUAGAUCUGUGAGACCUUGUGCACUUUUCAAAGUUCUACCGUUUCUAAACUACUUAUUACAUCAACAUAAAAAAUUUGUUGACUGUUCUUUAAACAUUUAGAAUAAAUGUCCGCAUAAUUUACAUGCCUCAAUAAUAUCUAUAAAGUAUAGAAAAACCGUAAAAAGCCUUGAAAAAAGUUCUAUCAAAAUAUAUACAAUCGGUUCAUAAAAUUUUUAACAAUAAUAAUUAUUAUUAUUUGAUGCUAAAUAUUUUUAUAAGACCUAUUGCCAAUAUUUUGAAUGAAGACUGAACCGUAGAGGGGCAUACGUGCCAUUUAAAAUACAUUACCCCCUUCUACACAGAAAAAAAGUACAACUACAUCUGAGAAUUUUUUCGCCAUAAUCUCGAUCGAGUUUCGAGCUUUUUGCACACCACUAUUGGCUAUCCUUGUCUUACAUAUAAGCUUCUAUGUGUGGGAAAAGGACAGACGAAGCAACUUUUUUGACAUAAAAUGAAUUUUAUGUCAAAUGAGAUUUAUAUUAAAUGAACUUUAGGUCAAAUGAAAUUUAUAUCAAAUAAAAUUUACAUCAAAUUGAAUUUAUGUUAUAUGAAUUUUAUGUAAAAUAAGAAUUAUGUCAAAUAAAUUUUAUGUCAAUGUAUAA